CGCAGAAAAAUAUCCUCUUUUUGGCUUUACUCCUCAGUAAUUUCAGGUUUGGCUCCAUUUUUCGUCUCUUCUUUGUACGAGGGGCCAAUUUACACUCUAUUCUCAGUCCACUAUUUUCCUCUUAAAAAGAUAACGGGUAACCAUAUUCCAGCUCACCAUUUUAAAAAUAUACGCACCGGCUGCAAGAGUCUCUAUCGGCGAUGACUACCACCGAUUCGCAAGUGAGAGUCAAAGUAUACGAGCUCGAGCACGGUACAAAUUGGGUUGACAAAGGCACUGGGUUCUGCACAUUGGAGGACUACCAGGGCGUUUUGCAUCUCAAUGUCGCUUCCGAGGAAGGGCCCAGCCGGCUAUUGCUAGACUGCGUCGUGCAGCGAGGCGAGGUGUACCAGCAGCAGGAAGCUACGCUGAUUGUGUGGACAGAGCCGACCGGCGAGGACCUUGCGCUGAGCUUUCAGGAACCUGAAGGGUGCAUGUCGAUACUAAACCAAAUAACCGAGUUUGAGAACGCAAUGAACGACAGUGCGCUUGGCGACAGCUUUCCCCACCCCGAUUUGGUCCUGCCCAAGCCAGCAAUGGGGUCGCUAAAGGAGAUCGAGGCGGCGAUUAUCGAGGCCGGGCAUUCGAUAUACCAUCGAGACAAACUGGUGUCAUUUCUGGUUAACAACAACUACUUCGAACAGCUGCGGGAGCUGCAUGAGACGUGCGAGGAUCUGGAUGCGACUGAAGAGCUACGUCACAUCUUCGACAUCAUGCAGCGCAUCAUUCUGCUCAACGACUCGUCAGUGCUCGAGUGUAUAGUGCGCGAUGGCAACAUUCUGGCUGUAGCUGGUAUGCUCGAGUACGAGCCGCAGCACUCCGUGGAGCGUGGUACAUACCGCAACUUUCUGCGCGACAACUCCCGGUUCAAACAGGUAGUACCGAUCCCGGAUCCAGCAAUGGAAGCCAAAAUCCACCAGACUUUCCGGCUGCAGUACCUAAAAGACGUUGUGUUGCCACGGAUCCUGGACGAAGGCACGCUGACCAUCAUCAACUCGCUCAUAUUCUUCAACCACAUCGAGAUUGCCAACUACUUCCAGCAGAACCAUGCCUUUCUCAAAGAUCUGUUCGACAUUCUGCACGAGUCGGACGAUCCAGAGCGGCGACGCAACGUAGUGCUGUUUGUACGCCAGUUCUGCACAAUAGCCAAGAACCUGCCCAUCAACUACCGGAUCGGGCUCUACCGCACCCUGAGCCAGCACGGCCUGUUCACCAUUUUCGAGUUUUCGUUACAGGAUGAGGACCAAUCACUGCGCAUGUCGGGUGCUGACGUACUGAUGACGGUUCUGGAGCAGGACCGCGCCCUUGUGCGUUCCUAUGUACUAGCGCAGAUUAGCCAACAGCGCGAGGGCACAACACUGCUGAGUCUUAUCAUCCAGGGCACCCGCAAGGACAUUGGCUCACCGAUCCAGGUGCAGUGCUGCGAAAUGCUGCGUAUGAUUCUUGACACCAUGCCGCCGCCUAGCGAGAGCUUCGGCAUGCAGCCAGACAUUGGAAUCGGCGGACAAGCAGAUCGCGAGACAGACGCGUUCCUGCGCCUAUUUUACGAAAAAUAUGCGUUCGACGCCAUGGAGCCACUGCUGUGUUUGACUGCCACCGACAUUGUCAAAAUCGACGUCCACGACAAGCGCGCCAAUAUGCUGUUGUUUCUGUGCGAUCUCCUGUCGUUCAUGGUCAGGCAGCACUCGUAUCAGGCGCGGUACUUUGUGUUUUCGUCGGGCAUCUCCAAGCCCAUCAGCAAUAUGCUGUCGGCGAAGCCAAAGUAUCUGCGGCUGGCAGCCCUGCGGUUCAUCCGUACGUGCGUUGGCAUGUGCGAUGAACUAUACAACAAGCAGCUGGUUGGCCAGCGCCUGCUCGACCCAAUUGUCGAGCUGUUUGUUGAGUCGUCGAGGCGCGAUAAUCUGAUCACAUCGGCAUGCCGCGAGCUGUUCAAGUUUAUCGCCAACCACAAAAUCGCGGAUCUACUGUCACAUUUCGUCACAGUGCACGCAACGGCACUGGCCAAGGUACCGGCGACACUUGAGCAUCUGAAGCACACUUACGAGGAGUACCUGGAAGACGUUGAGCAGGAAAAGAACGGUGGGACCACGACACCCACAGUGAAGCACAGCGGGCGCAUGUCUGUGUCGAUUAACAUGUUGGCUGGCAGAGAGGCAGAGUCAGCGACUGAGUCCAGCGGCAACGAUGUCGGUGGAUUGUGGAAGAGCAACGCCACUGAUGCCGUGGAGGAGGCGUAUUUUGACGAUAUUGACGACGACGCCGAGACAGCAGCAGACACGACAAAGGCAAAGCCGGCGAGGAGCCCAAUCCUCUCGGCACCGUCAAACAGCAACGGCGCCAUGGGCAGCGGCGGGGACCCUGAAAUCGACAUGGCUGAUAUUGGGAUCCGGUCACCAUUGUCCAGCAAGUCGCCGCUCAUUGCCGAUACUGACCAUCCAGACCGCUCCCCUCUGGUUGCCGAAGUCGGCAGCUCCAAACAAAGCCCGCUUCUAGCUCCACGGUCCCCUAAGCCGUUCCGACCGCGCAAUCUCAGCAGCGGGUCGACUGACUCGAAAGAUGCUGACACUGACUCUGUUGACUCUGAGGCUGAAUCCAGCGGCGAUUCCGACGGAUUCCAUCGGAUAUCCAUGUCAGAUGCGUUCCCCGACAGCAAGCUGAUCAACCGCAAGAUGGCGUCAAAGCCCCUGCUGCGCCGCAGCGACUCAUCGAUCAAGAUCGUGAUGACUUCACGGCCCAACUCCCUGGUCAAUGGCGACGCAAACGGCGUGCACAAAUCGCCGUUUGGCAAGCGCCCGCAUUCUUCAGGGGGCAGCAAUGGUACAGCACCCAAAAAGAUCGGGCUCGCUAAUGGCACAGGGCAUGGCUUGAGUAAGGCGGACAAGGAGCGGCCAACUGCUGCCAGUGAGAUGGCGGCCGACGGGCUGGCAGCGGCAACAAAACUGGCAGCUGCCACUACGUGUGCACAGGACUCGGCUCCAAUAGGUCUUGUGUCAAAGUCUGCUGGACCCGAGAGCCCAGCACCACCUAAAAAGGCCAAGACUGCGUCGACAUAGUGGGGCACUUGGUGCGUCUUUGUAUGGUGAAAUAUAAAGUGUGUAAGGCUAUAUUCUAGU